UGUCACGUUCCCAUCUCCGCAUACUGAAUAGUUGUCAUCUAUCAGUUCUAUCUUCACAAAGCUCACUUCAUUUCGAUUGCAGCCGAGAGGCGAACUCCGUGGCGCCACUGUCAACUCCUCUCCAAUGGCCUUUGUAGCUCCAAUCUCAGCGUCUCUCUCCCUUUCCUUUAGCGAUGUUCGUGCUUUUAGCUCUGCCAUGGCCAAAGCCCCUGCUGCAACUCCUCGGCUUCCUCUUUCUAAAUGCUCACCAACUGGGUCUUCCUUCUCUACCGGUUCUCCGCUAUUGAUACGAAGAACUUAUUGUCAAAAGAAGCCUGCCCUCAAAGCUAUGCGGCCAUUUUCCAUCAGAUGUGAGCAAAGUAGCAAGGAGGCAAACAGUACUGUGGAUGUAUGGCUAGGCCGGCUUGCAAUGGUUGGCUUUGCAGCGGCUAUUAGUGUUGAAAUAGCAACAGGCAAGGGACUCCUGGAGAAUUUUGGGCUCACAUCUCCCCUGCCUACAGUAGCCUUGGCAGUUACCGGAUUGGUGGUCAUUUUAACUGCAAUUUUUAUCUUCCAGUCUGCUUCAAAAGAUUGAUCGCGUUUCAGCUAGGUUGCUUCAUUUUGUAAAGUUUCUAAUUCUCUGUUCUUAAAAAUCUACUAGAUUGCGAUUUUCUUCUUUUGUUAUGAAACUGUAUGCAAAGGCCAGUGCUUUAUUCCAUGUAUUUACUAUUUUCCAAUGCAAUACUGAACGUUUUGUCCAAAUUUAUGUUCUCUUUAGAAAAAAUAUUUGUUAGAAU